UGUUUCCUAAAGUAUUAUCUCAAGAUUUCCGUCGAAAUUCAAGGCGCGAGUUCAGCUGCAGCGAAUUUCCAUCACGAGUCUUCAUUCUGUGUGUUUAUCUCAUCAGAGGGCGGAUGUGUUCUCUCAGUCUUUUCCCAUCACCCACGGCAGCCGGACACACACUGUACGAGCACAACAAUGAGCUGGUGCUGGGACACCCCAACAAACAGGAAUAUGAUCUGCCCAGUCCUCAGUUCAUCAGAGACAGUCUGAAGGGUCACAGUCGUCCAGACAGCAGCAGUAAAUCAGCAUUUCUGGAUCAGAGAGACACACUGUGGAUGAGGAGCGCUGGAGCUUGGCAUGAUUCAGGACUUUACGGUCUUCUAGAUGAAAUUACUGACAGUGCAGAAGAAGUGCCCAGUUGGUUAGCUGUGGGGUCGGGCUGUCUGCUGGCUCUACUUCGCUGGGUUUCUUCAUUUCAUGGCUCUCUCUUUCCACAUCUGACUUUAAGUGGUGAUGAGAUGGUGGCAGAGUUCUCGCAGAUGCUGGACUGGUCUGACAGUGCUUUAAGAAGCUUCGCGUGGCACCCUCACACAGAUAAGUUUGCCGUGGCUUUACUGGACGACUCGAUCAAGAUCUACAAAUCACGCAGUUCCACGGCACCAACAUUGAAGCACCGGUGUCAAAGGUCAGUGUGUGCGCUGCAGUGGAAGCCUCUAUGCGGAUCUGCUCUCGCUGUAGCCUGUCAGACAUGUCUGCUCAUCUGGCAUGUGGACCCCACCUCCCUCUCCACCAGGCCAUCGUCAGGCUGUGCACAGGUGUUGUCUCAUCCGGGUCACGCCCCCAUCACAUCCAUCGCCUGGUCCCCCACUGGCACCCUGCUUGUGUCGGCUUCCCCUGUUGAUACAGCUAUGAUGGUGUGGGAUGUGGCAGCAGAGAACUGUGUACCAUUGCAGCGGGUGGGUGGAGGGGGCAUCACAUAUCUGUCCUGGUCUCCAGACGGCAGUCGACUGCUGGCAGCCACACCAUCUGCUCUAUUCAGGGUUUGGGAGACGCGGAUGUGGACUUGUGAGAGAUGGCCGUGUCUGACAGGCAGAUGUCAGUCGGGCUGCUGGAGUCCCGACGGAAGCUGUCUAUUGUUCAGUAUUCAGGGAGAGAGACUCAUCUAUGCCCUCACAUUCUCUGACCUCACAGGAGGCCCUAAAACUGCAACAGUGGUGGCCGAUCUCUCUGAGACCACCUUCGCUGGACCUGAUGGAGACAUCAUUGUUGGUGGAGAGGUGCGCUCGCUGUCAUGGGAUCCAAGAGGAGAAAGACUGGCCGUGCUGCUGAAAGGUGAUUCACAGGCUGUCAAUCAUCCAUCUGUUAUUGCCGUGUUUAAAACUCGCUCAAGUCAAGUCUUUGAGCUGCUGCCAUGUGGUUUUGUGAUGGGAGAGGCUGGAGCAGAACCUCGAUUCAUGCAGUUCCACUCACACUUCCAACACGGAGCUCUGCUCACUGUGUGCUGGUCUGACGGCCGCAUCACUCAUGUGCCGUUCUACUUCAGCAGUGCUGGUGUUUCAGGAGGAUCCUCACAGCUGCUGCCCAUCACCAGCACAACUGCAGAUCACUCCACAAACACACUCUACACACAACACACUUCAUGAACUCUAAACAAGUGUGAUUACCUGUGAAAUCUUUACAAUCCAAAUAAACAUUUUGGCUGCUUCUUGUUUCA